AUGUCAGACCGCCAUAUCUUCCCGUCCUCAGAGGGACUUGUCGACAAGUCCUUACGAGGGCUUGUCUCUUAUAACCCAUCACUUGGUCUGGACACCACGAACCGCGUUGUAUUCGACACAACCUACGACAGAUCUAAAGUUAGUAUUAUUUCCGGCGGAGGCUCGGGCCACGAGCCAGCAUGGUCCGGCUACGUGGGCAACAAUAUGUUGUCUGCCUCCGUGUCUGGUGAUAUCUUCGCCAGUCCAUCUGCUAAGCAGAUCUUGGCCGGCAUUGAGGCCGUCCCCUCUGAUGUUGGCACCCUCCUUAUCAUUACCAACUAUACCGGCGACUGCCUUCACUUUGGAUUAGCAGGUGAGAAAGCAAGAAGCCGCGGUCACAACUGCCGCAUCAUUAUCUGCGGUGAUGAUGUGUCAGUUGGCAAGAAGAAGGGCAGCUUAGUUGGUCGCCGUGGUCUUGCCGGACAACUAGGCGUCCUAAAGAUCACCAGCGGAGCAGCUGGUGCGAAGGCCGGCUCCCUUGAUGACAUCUACCAGCUCGGUGUUGCUGUGGAGUCUCAGAUCGUAUCCAUCGCCGCGACACUCGACCACUGCCACGUCCCCGGCCGAACAGAACAUGCCCGACUCGAAACAAAUGAGCUGGAGAUUGGAACUGGCCCUCACAACGAGCCAGGAUACAAGAAAGUGAACCCCAGCCCGUCCCCACAAGAUCUAGUGGACCAGUUGCUGCAAUAUUGCCUUAAGCAGGACGACCCCGAGCGAUCCUAUGUUAAGUUCAACAACGAUGACGAAACAAUUCUGCUGGUGAGCAACUUUGGUGGAAUUUCCUACUUGGAGUUGGGCGCUCUUGUCGAUGAGGUGCUCGAGCAACUCGAACAGAAAUGGAAUGUUCGCCCAGUGAGAAUAUUCGCCGGACCGCUCGAAACGUCUUUGAAUGCACCGGCAUUCUCUCUUUCACUCAUCAACAUCACGGCCGCGUCGAAGAACUGCCCCUUCUCGGUCGAACAGAUCAAGGAUUUCGUUGACGCCAAGACGAACACCCACUGGGAGUCAAUGGCUGGAUCUCAAGCAUCGAGACGCGAACGAAAGCUCCAGUUUAUCCAAUCACCCCCCGAAGAGCCGAAGAAGAUCGAUUCCAGUAACGAUGUCAGAAUGGACCCUGCGAUUCUGAAGUCAAUGUUGCGUGCAGCUUGCACAGAGGUUAUCGAUGCGGAACCCGAUAUUACAAAGUGGGACAUGGUCAUGGGGGAUGGAGACUGUGGAGAAACCCUCCGAACUGGGGCGUCACACCUCCUCGAGGCAUUGGACAAGAAGGGGGUCGCCAAUGAGGGGUCCAUUGUUUCUGUGCUUCACGAACUGGAAGAGAUAGUCGAGAGCAAGAUGGGUGGCACUCUUGGUGGCAUUCUGGGAAUUUUCUUCGUUUCCCUGAGCAAUUCCGUCAAGGAGAACGCAUCACUUGCCAAGUCACAGGACAUCUUGUCGGUCUGGAGGUUGGCGCUCACAUCCGCUUUGGAGAAACUGAGUCAUUACACUCCGGCCAAGGUUGGAGACCGAACGGUUCUCGACGUGCUGAUCCCAUUCGUCGAAGGUAUCCGCAACGGUGGCUUCAACCAAGCCGUUAAAUCCGCCAUUGAGGGUGCCGAAGCCACCAGGAACGCAAAAGCAAAACUUGGCCGGGCGACUUAUGUUGGAGGUGGAUCGGAAAAUGGUGGCACACCUCCCGAUCCUGGAGCCUGGGGUGCGAUGGUAGCUAUUCGGGGUCUGCAAGCUGGCUUGGCAUAA